AAUAAAAAUAAAAUAAAAUCAUGGGCAGGAGAAAAAUUGAGAUGGAAAUGGUGAAGGAUAGCAGCUCGAGGCAGGUCACUUUCUCGAAGCGCCGAACUGGGCUCUUCAAGAAAGCAAACGAGCUUGCUACCCUUUGCGGCGCUCAAGUUGCCAUCGUCGUUUUCUCCCCUGGAGGCAAGCCCUUUUCGUUUGGCCAUCCGAGCGUUGAGGCAGUGACGCAGCGGUUUCUAAAUCAGGAUGAGAAACCAAAAGUUUCUAUUUCUGGUCAGGUAGGGUCUCAGCAGCAGGCGAAAGUUGAAAACCUUAGCCAGCAGCUUAAUGACCUUCUCAAGCAGAUACAAGAAGAGAAGAAACGAGGAGAGAUGCUUGAUAAGGCGAUCAAGGCAAGUGGAAAACACAAGUGCCAGAAACCCGUCAACAAACUUAGCCUGGAUGAGCUUUUGCAGAUGAAGCAAUCAAUGGAGGAGCUUCGUGAGAAACUGAAAGGGCGGGUUAGCGAGAUUGAGGCAUCGUCCUCCCUGCUGCUCCUGUCAAACAAUGGUGUGAAAGAAGCUGAUCCUGAUAAUUAAGUAGUCAAGUUGAUUAAAACGAAAACAAAAAAGAAUGAUGUAAACCCUCUCCGAUAAGCCUGAAUCUAAGCAUACAAGUUGAUGGUUUGUUCUUGAAUAGAAUUGAUCCCAAUUUCCCAAAUAAAUGUGUUGAGGUGAUCAUUUCUUUGAUGGCUUUAAUUAGUAAU